AUGGUCCCACAGUUGCUUCCCCCAGUGCGCGUCAACGGACACGUUCCUAGAGACACGCUCGGCACCGGUCGCGCCUCAUCCAGCGAUGUAGUGCUGACCGAUGUCCACGGUCCUCUGUCACUCCUGCUCGUUCCGGAUCCGCUCGACCCAACCAUCGCCACCCUCGUCCUAUCCAUCGGCUUCACAAACGCCAACAACCUUCAAGGCGCUUCGCGACGCUUCGUCCUGCCGUUCCGCUCCUUCCAGCGCGAUCCCGUCUCCGGCGAGCUUGUAUCGCGAUCCAAGGUCACAGGCUUCGACGCGGCUCACCGCCAGAUCUAUCCAGGCCUUGGCGCUGGUACCAAAGGUCUCGACGGCGGAAGCUUUUGGUUCUUCGAAGAUGUUGGAGAGGAAGGCGCUUUCGAUCGAUAUCGGUGGGAGAGAGAUGGAGUCGGUCGGCGCGCCAUCUGGACCGUGUGGCUCAUCAGCACCCCCUCUCCCGUAGUGCAGCAUUUGCAGGAUCUGCUUUGCUCUUAUCCAGCUCCAGCCCCUCCGCUGCCGCGCUGGCUUCAGGAGCGCAACGGAUUCCCCUGGCAAGAUCGCUACUUGGCUGUCGACAACGCAGUCAGUGCUGGCGAGCCUGACUCGACCUCUCAACGACCGCUGCCCUCAAUCCCUCUCGCUGCUCCAGAAGCGCUCAAAGAGGAGACUGCCGCACCACUCUCUUCGCCUGUCGCCAAGGAUGAAGCCAUUCCAAUCAUCGCACGAGGUCUGAAUCGCUCCGUCGUGCUUUCCGAAUACAGGAACAGCUUGGUCGCCGUCGACAACCUCACAGGUCAGAUCGCCGGCGUACUCGCAUCCAACAUCGAUCUGGAUCCUGAUGCCGCAGAGUCCAAUUUGGACGAGGCAAACACAGCUAGCAGCGAUGGAUUGGAGAGCGACGCGGACGGGGCGCAAGAAGCACAGACACCGCUCGAUGAGCACGUGCGUACCCUGCACGACAAGUGUCAAGAUACUGCGCUUGGCCUCGACGCCACCUCCCCUGUGCUGCCUCGCACCGAUAUUCUUCCGGGCGACAUCGACUACAACAAGGACCUGCCCACUCCACGCCCAAGCACCAUCGUCCAACGACCCGCAUCCGUGUAUCGCGACACGCCGGCCCCUGACUCUCGCCCACCCUCCAUCCUCGCAGACGACACCUUCAGCCCGCCACCCUUGCCACCCAAGCGCUCGACCUCUGUCUCUGCGGACGUACCCCUCUCACACCGCACGAGCACGACCUCAGCCUUCUUCAGCGUCGCAUCUGACGCCGGCGCGGCGAGCUACGACUCCGACGCCCUCGAAAUCCACCCACGCGACAUCACGCAUGCCAGUCUCAUCUCGAUUCGUGACCAAGCGGCGAGGGACGUCGAGAAGCAUCGGCCGGAGCUGCUGCGUGAUCUGCAGGUGGAUGACGGCGAGGAGGGCGAGGUGUUGGGCGCGGCUGGGAGCAGUGUUGAUGGGCCUGUGGCGAGGGUCUGGCGCAAAGCGGUGCAGGCAAAAAAGAGAUGGAGCAAGGCUGGUCCCGCCGCACAUGUCGAGGAUCAGCCGGAGCCGGUGGUGAGCCAGGUCUCAAUCCGCACAAGUAAAGCGGAGACGGCACUCGAGGCAUCCGUGGACGGUGAGAUCGCCUGUCAAAGCGAGUCGACGGUUGUUGCAGCGGCAACCGCUGAAGCUGACGGUCCGCCAACGAUCAAGGCCCGCUCGAGCAACCACCUCCCGCGCUCGACGCUGCGCACCGACCAAGUGCGGUGCAUCGAAGACGGCGUGUGGCGCGAAGCACUCGACAACGGCCACCUGCCCAUCGACGCGCCCUACACGCACCUCGCCGCUCGGGGCGGUUCCGCUCUCUACCCAUCCUCGAUCCUUUCGUUUCCGCGAUCCUUCGCAGACGGGUCGGCAAUCGAGCUGCUCUCUGCGGAAGACAAAGCGAGGAAAGCGCAAAAGGAGAAGCGCAAGCAGUCGCAGCGGGUGGAGAGGAUGAUGCAGGGCGGCACGGUGCUGAUCGAGUUUCUGGCGGGGUCGAGUCGGAUUGGUGCCAGCAUCAUUCGUAGUGCUGGUCUCAAUGCGGAUGCUGGCGAUCACGGUGCAAGCAAGCAGGUUGGGCCAACGGGCUUGUUGAGCUACGUGCCUGUGCUCCCGCAGCAUCUGCUCGCUUUCUUUGGCCUGUCGACGGCGAUCGACCGGUCUGAGACGGAGAAUAAAGUCGCUGACAGCUCUGAGAGCGCGAUUGCGCCGUUCUACUCUGCGUACCUGCCCAGUCUCGCCCUCCCUUCGAUGCCGGAUUGGUUGACGAGCCUGUUCAGCUUCACCGCCUCACCCUCAGCCGCGAUUGAAGCAGCAGACGACCCGUCCGACGCAGAAGAGUGGGAGUACGCCAUCCCGGAUUUCGACCCCAACUCGCUGGCUAGCACGCCGCGGCCAGUGUAUCGGCGCAAGCGACCGGUACCUUCUGCGAUGAACGGGUUUGCUAUCUCUGCGUCUGCUCCCUCGUCCAGCUCGAAAGCCGCCAACGAGGUGGACAAGAUGGCUGGAAAGCGGCAGGAAAGGGCGGAGGCGGCGGCGCAGAAUCGCUACUCGAUCGUCCACAUUGACAGCCUGGGCGUUGGGCGAAGAGCUUUUCUCAAAGGCAUGCCGGGCAUCGACGGGCUGCCAUUCUAA